CUAUGACCAGUAUCAUUUUAAUGCAAAAACUAAUAGCCAUGAAACUGAACAAGGCAGAAUUUGACAGAAUUAAAAUGCAGGAAGUUAAUAUAAAGCAAAAGAAACAAAAAAUGCUAAGUUCAUUAAAAGAAAUUCUAGAGAAUCAGACAUUUAAUAAUACAUGUAGACUAUGCUUGAGAUCUGGCGGAAGGAAUAUGUUUGGAGGAGAACUGGACUUUGAUGUUGUUUUCGCCAUUGGACACAUCUUGGGAAUACAGAUUACAGAAGAUGAUGGAAAGCCUCAGCACAUUUGUAGCGAGUGUGAACACACAUUACAACAGGCCUCACGACUUAAGCAGACUGCGGAGGCUACACAGUGGCGGCUGCAGCAGGAGUUAGAAAUGAUGGCUGAUGAAGCGCCAUCAGACUGGAGCGAUGGGCCAGACCACAGCGGCUACUUUAAGGCAAGCGACGCGGAUGUUGCGCGAGAAUGGAUCUGUAGGAAAUGUCGUGGGUCUUUUAACACGCAGGAAGAGUUUAAUGAACAUGAGAAGCUGCCAUCCUGUAAAACACAGCCCUGUGGCUACGUGUGUGAAACGUGCGGGUUGGAACUGAAGUCUAUGUCGCGGCUCAAGAGACACAGGCAGACGCACACAAACGCGUUCCCCCACUUGUGUACCAUGUGUCCGUACCGCGCGCGCACCGCGUACGCGCUCUCCGUGCACUCCCGCGCGCAUUCGGGCGCGCGCCCCGCGCGCUGCCACUGCGGCGCCACGUUCGCCUCGGCCUCCAACCUCGCCUCGCACCGCCGCACGCAUCUGCCUCCCGGGUACCACUGUCAACUGUGCGGCAAGGGGUUCAAGUUCAGAGCGGCACUUGAGAACCACAUGGCGUCCCAACACAGCAACGCGAAGCCUUUUAACUGCAAAAUAUGUGCAAAAGCGUUUUCUACAAGGAAAAUGAUCCGCCGGCACGAGUUAAAAGCGCACAAUCGGCCUAAAAUGCGCUCUGGGAUCCUGCCUAGCUACAUGCGCACACAGGAUACCUGAACUAAAGAAAACGCCUUACUCCCAUCUUACACGCCGGCAACGGACUUACCACCCGGCCACUGGCGAUCAAAUAUAUGAAAGAGGCGCAUUCCUAAGCCAGCGUUCCCACUUAAGCGUCGCGUGUCUCGGGGCGCGCAACGGACGUCCGCGCCACGCCACCU